AGUUGAUCGAAACCAACGCACACAACCAUUUCCUAUUUCUGAAAGUUGUUGCUUUUCAUCUUCCUUUUUUUUUACUUCUCUCUUUCACAUUUCCCUUUUCUCUGCAAAACUUCAAUCUUUCCAGUAAUUCGAAGCAUUACAACGGUUUUCUUCGUCACAAUGUUUUAGUUAAGCGAGUGAUAUCGUUUUACUUUUCAUUUGAGAGAGCACAUUCAUUGUUUUUGAAUGGAAAAGAAAAGAUUAGAUGACCAUGAGGCAGCAACAAUUUCUUCGCCCAGGUCAUUGGAUAGAUUCGGGUUUCUUGUAAGGCCAGAUGCGAGUACUUCUGAUGGUUUAGUGAAGAGUAGAUCAGCUCAAUUUGAAAGAAUUAGGGAGGACAGAAGAGUUAGAAAAUGGAGGAAGAUGAUUGGGGUUGGUGGAAGCGACUGGAAACAUUAUCUUAGAAAAAAGCCUCAUGUUGUUAAAAGGCGUAUAAGAAAAGGAAUUCCUGAUUGCUUAAGGGGCCUUGUUUGGCAGUUGAUAUCUGGAAGUAGAGACCUGUUGCUGAUGAAUCCUGGAGUUUAUGAGCAACUAGUCAUAUAUGAGACAUCCGCCUCAGAACUGGAUAUAAUUCGAGACAUUUCUCGGACCUUCCCCUCACAUGUAUUCUUCCAACAAAGGCAUGGACCUGGGCAACGUUCACUUUACAAUGUUCUAAAAGCUUAUUCUGUCUUUGACAGAGAUGUAGGAUAUGUUCAGGGGAUGGGGUUUUUAGCAGGUCUUUUACUUCUCUAUAUGAGCGAGGAGGAUGCGUUUUGGUUGUUGGUGGCAUUGCUGAAAGGAGCUGUUCAUGCCCCAAUGGAGGGGUUGUAUCUGACAGGAUUGCCUCUGGUACAACAAUACCUUUUCCAGUUUGAACACUUGGUCCAAGAGCAUCUACCGAAGUUGGGAGAACAUUUUGCCCAAGAAAUGAUAAAUCCUAGCAUGUAUGCUAGCCAGUGGUUCAUAACCGUAUUUUCAUAUUCUUUUCCAUUUCAUUUGGCUCUUCGAAUUUGGGAUGUUUUUCUCUUUGAGGGUGUUAAAAUUGUUUUCAAAGUUGGGUUGGCCCUAUUAAAGUACUGCCAUGACGACUUGGUUAAAUUGCCUUUUGAGAAACUGAUACAUGCCUUGAAGAACUUCCCUCAGGAUGCAAUGAAUCCAGAUAUAUUAUUGCCUCUGGCUUAUUCAAUAAAGAUAUCGAGGCGUUUAGAGGAACUGAGACAAGAGUAUGAGAAGAAGAAUGGAAAGAUUACUCAAUCCCGAGAAUUUACAGAAGAGCAAACGGUUCAACGCCUAUAGAGCAACCGAUGCGAGAACAUAAGUGGAAGGGAUAGAAUUGAACUGAAAAUUAUUUGGAAGGUAAUACUGCCCAUGAGGUUUCCCUUGCAUUCUGGGAACUAAGAGAAUGAUAAGAAUCAUUCUAUAUAGUAACCGUAUGUUACAUGCUGGGAUACAUACUAUGUACAUAUAUAUGUGUAUCAGAUGUUUAUCAUUUUCAGUGUUCAGUGUUUGUGUUAUGGAGCUUCGAAUAUGGAAGUCUAUUGUCUAUCUUUUCACUGAAAUGAAUCGCUUUCCUAGUUUUGUUUCAGCUCUACAAAGUUGAAAUUGUAAUAGUAGUUGUGUCUCGUUGUAAAAGGAGAUGGAUUCUGAUGUUGAUAGUGUGCAGUUGGAAUUUAAUAUUUAUGAAAUUCUUUCCUUUUUUUUUU